CACUCCACUUUCACUCAUCACUACUCAUUUCCGCAUCUUCCAGAUCCAUUCUCUCUCUCUAAAACUUUGUUCCAUAUCCAAACCCUAAUUCUCAUAUAUACGUGUAUACAUAUGUAGUUUCUGUUUGAAAAUCUUUGCUGAUAAUGUAAGGUGUUGAUUCAAUCAUGGGUGUUGGGUCCAAGAUGGAUCAGAAGUGGUACGAGCUGAAGCCAAGAAGGGUUCCAAUGAGGGUAUGGUUAGGGUUUCAAAAAUCUAUGGGAGUCCUCGUGGGUGGUAAUCACACCUCUUCCAGGUUUUGUACUCGCCAAACCCUAGAUCUGUUAAUCGAAAGACCCAAGUCGAAUUGCACGGCGCGUGAAAAGAUAGAUACAUUGAAAAUGGAUUUCAAGGUCUUGAAAUGGCAAAUCUUUCGUGUGUCAUUAGUGAGGCGAUUGCUUCUCAAAACCUUCUUGUUUGCAUUGGCUAUGGCAAUCAUUCCGUUCAUUCAAAUUGUUUCUGAUAUACGAAUGAUUGAUCCACUGGCUAUGAAUUUCAAUGAAUGCCAAUUGAAUUUUGGCUCGACCAUGCACUUGAAUUUCACUGGGUUUCUGAAACCCAAUUCGGGCUUUGAAAUUCCCCUUCUUGCACCAAUUAUAGUGAGGUCAUGCAAACGAAGUGAUAAUUUGACUAUUAAUGUGUUCAAGGAGCUAAUGAAGAAAGAUUUUUUGGAUUCUGAUGCAAAAGCUCUGUGUAUUGGGGAAGGAUCGGCCUCGGCUGUCCUGGCGUUGGAAGAAUUUGGAUUCUCCAAUGCAUUUGGUGUUGAAAGACACCCGUUUUUCUCUCUUUUGCGGAAGCGUUUCGUGUAUGAGCUCGAUUUUAAGGAUAAUUAUUUCGACUUUGUGUUCUCUAGAGCUCUCGAUAAGGUUUCUGUUCCUGCUCUUCUCGUGCAUGAGAUUGAGCGUGUUCUGCGACCAGGCGGAACUGGUGCUAUGCUUGUGGGUGCCAAUAGUUUUUACUCGGGUGCCUUGAUAAGGUCCGCUAUACCAGUUUCGUCUUUCUUGAGAAAUUCCAAUGUUGUGCAUGUAUGUGGUAUUGGCUCCUUUGCUCUGAUUGUUUUCAAGAAAAGAUUUGAUACUGUUGCUUCCUUUGAGCAUUCCCGGCUUCCCAGCAAGUGCCCAUCAGUUUUGAACAACAAGCCCAUUAUAAAGUACAUGGAGCCUCUUGUAGACAAAAAAUCCGAACAACUCGGAACACAACUUUCAUAUUUACCCAAGUUCAUGAAUAUGUCCUCGAGAAACAGGUUAAUCUAUAUCAAUGUUGGUGCAGGGGAAUUUGUGAACUCUAGCAUUGAAAAAAUGUUCAUGCCUCAUUAUCCCAUACAAUCUCAAGCUUUCGAUGUUUAUGUUGUUGAUCACGACCCUUCGGUCCUCUUGUCUUAUGUGAAAGAACCUGGUGUUACCUUUGUCUAUCAUCCGGGCCUUGCAAAAGAUAUGCUUACUACCAGUUCCAAAUCCGGUGAAGAUUUCAUUGCGCCCUUGGAUGAUGAAAAGUUUGAUUUGAUUCGCUGGCUUAAAGCAACAAUAGCAGCAGGUGAUGUCGUGGUCCUUAUGAUGAAUGCAAGAGACGCAGAACUGAAAAUUCUCGUUGAAUUAUUCGAAACUGGAGCAAUAUGCCACAUUGAUGAACUCUUCCUUCGCUGCUCAGACAAUGCCGAAUGCAAAAAUGCCAUGUGCGGAGACUGCAUGAGCCUCUUCAAGAGUCUCAGAAACAGCGGCAUCUUCGUCCAUCAGUGGUGGGGUGACUGAACUCCCAUGCAAGUUUCGGUGAACUUCCUUUUCCGUUUUUCAUGUGUUAGAAUAAAAAACGAGGUGAGACCGUGAAUUGAACAUGUAAUUUUCGGGCUCAUCUCCGUUGAAUUGUGUUUGUUUGAGUUUCCUCAUCCAGUUGUGGAGGAAACAUCUACUAUGUGUUACUUAUUAUGCUUUUGAGUUCCUCAUCAGAGGUUGUGGAGUAAACAUCUACUAUGUGUUACUUAAGUAUGCUUCAAAAGUUCCUCAUCAGGUUGUGGAGGAAACAUUUACUACGUGUUAUUUAUUAUGCUUUAAUUUCCUCA